AUGAAGGUGAGACCUCACAUACCUCAGCUAGACCUACAACUAACUUUAAAUUCUAAUCCUGAUAGCUCACCAUCAUGUUCAGGGUCAAUGGAUAGUCUAGAUACUGACACAUUAACUAUGGAGGCAAUGGAAGAAUCUCUUAAUUUCAGCACAGAUAUUAAGACAUCUAAUAUAAAAGUGUACUCAAGUCAAUUACAAGAGGUAUCACCUUCUUUACCGGCAACAAUAAUGAUGGAUGAAGAUUUGCCUGGGUCUCCUGAUGAUGACAUGAGUUCACCACAGGAUUACAUGUGUUCUCCCCAUGAUCUUAAUGAUCCAGACACAACAUCACCUCAAUCAGGCUCCCAUGAUGUCACCAGUGACAUUGAAGUGGAUGUA